CAGAGGAACGCGCCACUUCCGAUUAUUCGGGGAUAUUAAAUGUUUACGGCAUUCGGAUAUAGAUUCAUUUAAAUCUUUGUAUUAAAUGCAAAUUAUCACACAAAUUAUUUGGUUUUUUUUGCCCAACAAAAGCUAUGUAUUGUGAUAAAUAUUUUUAGGAAUCUAGAAAUGAUUCAAAACGGGAAGCGUUUCUGAAGCGUUUCGCAGAGUUUACGUUCGCUAUGUUGGCAGCAUUUUGACAGCACUGUCAAGCGCAAGUUCUUUUCUGCACACGUUUUCCAAGGGAAACAAGCAGCUUGUGAAACUGAGUUAGUUUUCGGCCUUUAAAAUGAAGAUCGGACUGUGUGCAUUCAGCGGGUUCAAAAUCUACCCGGCCAGCGGCAAGACCCUUGUCAAAGCCGAUGGAAAGACGUUCACCUUCCUGAACAAAAAAUGUGAGCGUUCGUUCCUGAUGAAGCGCAACCCGCGCAAGGUGAAAUGGACGGUGCUGUACCGCCGCAAGCACAAGAAGGGUAUUGUGGAGGAAGCCGCCAAGAAGCGUACCCGCCGCACGCAGAAAUUCCAGCGUGCCAUCGUCGGUGCUUCGCUCUCGGACAUCAUGGCUAAGCGCAACAUGAAGCCCGAAGUCCGCAAGGCCCAGCGCGAGCAGGCAAUCAAGGCUGCCAAGGAAGCCAAGAAGGCUAAGCAGACCGACAAGAAGCCGAAAGCUGCCCAGCCCAACCCGAAGCAGCAGAAAACGAAGGCCGCUAAGGUCGCCCAGAAGGCUGCACCGCGCGUAGGAGGCAAGCGAUAAGAAGCGUGAACCACUUUUACAUUCAUACUUGUUUCUUACCUGAAGCCGCCAAUGUGUAUGGUGUUUUCGUGUCGGUUAUAAGCUGGUACCAUCUGGGCUUUGUCAGGCCGAAAAUGUAAUAUUGGAGAGUAUAAAAUAAGAAAACAACCACACUACCAGUGGAUGUAAAA